UCCUUAAUCCUUUUUUUGUUAUUAUCCUCAUGUAAAUAUGUGUGCAUAGUUUGAUUCUUUCACCACUUUCCCUUUUAUUUAUAUACAGAACCAUUGAAGGGAUAUCUUAAUCUCUUAGAUCAAUUUGCAAUCAAAUACUAAUAAAGGUCUCUAGUUAAGGACUUGGUAGCAUAGAGGUGUUACUCUUUGAGUUGAACAAAAAUGGCUCGUGGCUUCCAAGUUCGAGCUACUUCAGUUACCAUAUUUGCUCAUUUGUUGUUCAUAGCAAUAGCAACCCUUGUGUUAGUUUGGUUGCUACACUUUCGAGAAGGUGUGGCCUUCUUCAGCUCUUCCAACCCAGUCAAGAUUUUCAACCUGCAUCCUCUUCUAAUGGUAAUUGGAUUUAUUUUAGUUGGUGGAGAAGCAAUCAUGAUAUACAAGUCGGUGCCUGAAAAAAGGAGGUCAGUGAAGGUGGUUCACCUCCUAUUGCAUCUGAUAGCUUUAGUGGCUGGAAUUAUAGGGAUUAUUGCAGUUUUCAAAUCUAAGAAAGAGGCAGGUCUUGCUGAUAUGUAUACAUUACACUCUUGGCUAGGCAUGUCAGCAAUCUCACUAUUUGGCUUACAGUAUAUAUUUGGGUUCUUUGCUUAUUUCUUCCCCGGUGCAGAAAUGUCUGCUAGAGCUUCCCUUUUGCCAUGGCACAGGUUUAUGGGCAUGGCCAUAUUCCUCCUUGCAGUUGCCACAGCUGAGACGGGUUUGGUUGAAUAUUUCCAGUUUUUACAGCUUUUCCGCACUCAAGAGGCACUAAUUAUCAACUCCACUGGUCUCUUACUCUUCCUCUUUGCCGUCUUUGUUACCCUCUCUGUCAUUCUCCAAAGAAAUUACUGAUGAAAAUAUGUAUGUGUUUGUUGCAACAUUUGCUCCAUUUCUGUUAUUUAAAUUAUUUAAUUGUUAUGCUAUAUCAUGAUUCAAUAAAUUAUUCACUUCCUUUGACUCU